UAAACAGGUCAGAAUAUCAUCUGAACAACCAUACUUGUAAUAUCCAAUAGGAGCCUGCGGAUCCCAUUUUCUAACCACACAACGAGCACGGAACACAGCAUGAGGCGGACGAUGAACUGAACAGCAGAGAAGCAAGCAGCUGUGAAUGUUAAUGGCGUCCUCCACCCUGACAUUAUUAACACCCUCGGCGUAUUUUAGCCCCUCGAGCUUCACUCCUCAAAGCGAGGCCUCUGUUCCUUCCUCACUCCUCAAGUCCCUCAAGCUCCCUCCUUUUUGGCCAUGGCAGAAUCGGAAAAAGGUGAAGAUGGGCCCGCUGAGCGUGUCUCCAAUGGGGUUUGGGACGUGGGCAUGGGGGAAUCAGCUCCUGUGGGGUUAUCAAGAAUCGAUGGACUCUGAUCUUCAAAGGGUCUUCAAUUUGGCUGUUGAGAAUGGGGUCAAUCUAUUCGAUACGGCCGAUUCUUACGGCACUGGUAGGUUGAAUGGGCAGAGCGAGAAGCUCCUGGGGAAGUUCAUCAAAGACCUUCAAGGGAAAGAGCAGGGACAAGACGAGAUCGUGAUAGCUACAAAGUUUGCUGCCUACCCCUGGCGACUUACGCCUGGCCAGUUCGUGGACGCGUGCAAGGCCUCUAUGGAGCGACUGCAGAUCGAGCAAAUUGGAAUCGGACAAUUGCAUUGGUCGACUGCAAAUUACGCCCCUCUUCAGGAGUUAGCCCUCUGGGAUGGUUUAGUGGCAAUGUAUGAAAAGGGUUUAGUUCGAGCGGUCGGGGUGAGCAAUUAUGGACCAAAGCAGCUAGUAAAGAUUCACGAGUACCUCACAGCCCGAGGCAUUCCUCUAAGUUGUGCUCAGGUCCAGUUUUCAUUGCUUAGCAUGGGAGAAGAUCAGUUUGAGAUAAAGAAGAUAUGUGAUUCUUUGGGGAUCCGUUUGAUUGCUUAUAGUCCUCUGGGACUUGGAAUGCUGACAGGAAAGUACACACGUUCCAAACUACCACGGGGUCCCCGGUAUGGCAGUUCAUUCCUGUUCCGACAAAUUCUUCCUGGACUGAAGCCCUUGUUAUCUUCGCUAGAAGAUAUCGCGCAAAGGCGGCAAAAAACCAUACCUCAGGUUGCUAUAAACUGGUGCAUCUGUAAGGGCGCAAUUCCGAUACCGGGAGUUAAGACAGUGGAGCAGGCCGAGGAAAACUUGGGCGCUCUAGGUUGGCGCCUCAGUGGCAGCGAGUUGCUUCAGUUAGAAAACGCAGCGGAAGAAUCUCCAAAGAAGAUGAUCCAAAACAUUUUUCAGACGAAGUGAAAAAUUCAAUGGGACGGCGACUGAAGGCCGCCAAUUGCUAAAGCAUCAGCUCAUCUGAAGUUGGACGGGCUAAAGGUGUUCAAGCUUCGACGCCCCCCCUCCCC